CAUAGCUAAUAAUAUAACCUGCAAUUCACAAGGUAUAAUUAAGUCCACAUGUGAAAUACAAGGUCCAACAUUAGAGAUGAAACUCAUCUGAGAUCCCAACCUCGAUAAACCAUGAAUGGCAUGCCGGCCAACAAAACUUAGUAUUGUCUCCCUUGAUUUUAGUUAAGAAACACACACAUACAAACGUACGUUAACAUUAUCUAAAUGAAAUUCGGAAAGGAAUUUACUUCUCAGAUGGUGCCUGAAUGGGAGGAAGCUUACAUGAACUACAAUUACCUCAAGACAAUCUUGAAAGAAAUCUCGACUUUCAGGCGACGGAGGCAGCAGAACCAGACACCUCCACCGCAUUUCUCGUCACCUAAAACAUACGUCUUGAAAAGGAGAUCUUUUUACAGAGCUUUUAGUGGAUUGACGAAUCGAUAUAACAAUGAGGACGAAGCAUAUAACAACGAGGACGAAGCGAUUCUUGCGAGUGAAACAGAGCUGGAAGAACAACCAGCGGAGUGUCGGAGUCACCAAACUCAUGUGUUUCACCGGUCAUCGGAGGAAGGAGCAGAGAAUGAAGUUGUGUUCUUCAAAGUACUUGAUGAUGAAUUUAAAAAUGUGAACAGUUUCUAUAGAGGCAAGGUGGAGGAGGUAGUGAUGGAGGCUGAGGAAUUGAACAAACAAAUGGAUGCUCUCGUUGCUCUUCGAGUCAAAAUCAAUGAUCCCCAUUUUCAGACUUCAUCUACACCAUUCAACUCAGGUCCAUCGCCAUUGGAGGAGAUUGACGAACUUGAAGAAAGACCAGAAAGGGAACAUAAUAAGAUGGUUUCCUUAGAAAUUCUAAAUAGCGUAAAGAUCAAUGUCAUACAAGAAUCUGCCAUAUCCACCUUGAAAAACAUUUUAAUUGGCACAAAAUCCGACUUAUCAUUCACCAAAGAAGAACUCAGAAAUGCACAGACGAAACUGAGACAGGCUUUUGUAGAGUUCCACCGAAAGCUUCGCCUUCUGAAAAGCUACUCUUUCUUGAAUCAAUUGGCCUUCUCCAAGAUCAUGAAGAAGUACGAUAAGAUCACAUCAAGAAACGCCUCAAAAACUUAUCUACAAAUGGUUGAGAAUUCUUCUUUCGGCCAAUCUGAUGAUGUUGUGAAACUCAUGGAGAGAGUAGAAGCAGCGUUCAUAAAACACUUUUCCAAUGCAAAUCGGCGUCAAGGAAUGAGAGACCUGAGGCCAAGAUCUAAAAGAGACAAACAUCGAAUAACAUUUUUUAUUGGUUGUUUUUUUGGAUGCUCGAUAGCACUUGCAGUGGCAGUUUCCUUAACGAUACACAUUAGAGAACUUCUCAUAAGUGAAGGGCGUGACCAAUACAUGACCAACAUAUUUCCAUUAUACAGUUUGUUCGCAUACAUCAUAUUACAUAUGCUAAUGUUUGCUGUAACUGUAUACUUUUGGAAACGUUUUCGUGUCAAUUACGCCUUCAUUUUCGGAUUCAAGCCAAAUACAGAAUUGGGUUAUAAAGAAAUCCUACUUCUCACAUCUGGUUUAUCAGUACUCACUCUUGCAGCAGUGCUCUCGAAUCUUGAAAUGGAAAUGGACGAAAGAACUCAAAGUUUCAAAGCCAUCACAGAACUUGUCCCUCUAGGAUUGGUGAUUGUUGUACUUGCGAUAACAUUUUGUCCGUUUAACAUCAUUUAUCGAACAAACCGGUUCUUCUUCAUCACGUGUAUAUGGCGCUGUGUUUUUGCUCCUCUUUAUGAGGUCACUUUCCCCGACUUCUUUUUGGCUGAUCAGUUAACCAGUCAGGUUCAGUUACUCAGGAUUUUGGAAUUCUAUGUAUGCUACUACGGUUUUGGAGACUUCAAGAGGAGAUCAAAUACAUGUACCCAAAGUGAUGUCUAUCAGAUUCUUUUUAUAUUAGUCGCGGUUGUCCCUUACUGGUUUCGCUUUCUACAGUGUGUUCGACGAGUGUGUGAACAGAAAGAGUACAAUCAAACCGCAAAUGCACUAAAGUACUUGUCGACAAUUCUUGCUGUUAUUACAAGGACGAUUUAUGUUCAAAAUAGAGGAAUGAGUAUGAGAAUCAUUGCUGCAACAAGUUCAGGUGUCGCUACAAUUUUCAACACCUACUGGGAUAUCGCGAAGGACUGGGGUCUUCUUUGUAGGAACUCCAAGAACCCGUGGUUAAGAGAUAGACUCAUUAUAUCAAAUAAAUCAGUCUACUUUGUAGCAAUGGUAUUAAAUGUGAUACUAAGACUUGCGUGGAUGCAAACGGUGUUGGAUUUCCAUGAAGCUCCUGCACUGCAUCGAAGCAUGGGAAAUUUCGAGCUUUUAAGUCAGUGCCGUUGCCUUUUAGCUACGAGGAUGGAGACAAGGAACUAUGAUUUAUUAUGGAGAAAAACCAAAGUGUUUGUAGCCUAA